UCCAACAUGGCCGCAUGGGAAGAAAUUUCACAAGCUGUGAGCGAAAAUCGACGUGAAUUAGUCUUACAAGGGGCAACAUUUUCAAAACGAAUUGAAAAAUCUGGUUUAGAUGAAAGAUUGUAUUCGUUGUCAUGCCUAAAUCACCUCGAAAUAUCUGGCACGACGUUGUCAACGCUGAAAUCUGAUAUAGAGAAACUGACAGGUCUAACAUCCCUUGUGUUGUGCAAUAACCACAUCACCAGUCUCCCGUCAUCUGUGGGCAAAUUGACCAAAUUAAAACUGCUAAAUGUCUCCAACAACCAACUCGAAGAAAUUCCUGAUGAAAUAGGUCAGCUAACAGAGCUUGACACUCUCAACCUAAGCAUGAAUAAAUUAACAGAAAUUCCUUCUGUUAGUUCAAUGAGAAAUCUGCAUGUCAUAAACAUUUCAAGUAAUAAGCUAACAAGUCUACCAGAGGGCAUUUUUGACCCAGAGUUGGUUCAUUUGAGUCACAUAAUAGCAAGUGACAAUGAAAUCACCGAUCUGCCUGUUGAAGUAGACAAUUUACCUCAUUUGAAUGUGCUGGACUUGUCAAAUAACAAGUUAACAGAUGCACCUACAUCACUCAGUGUUUGCCCAAAAUUAAAAGAAUUGAAUUUGAAAGGAAACAAAUUUAAAGAUAGAAGAUUUGGAAAAAUGAUUGAACAAUGUCAGACCAAAUCUGUGCUUGAAUAUCUUCACAAUAUAUGGAAAAAGGAAAACCAGAAAGCAAAUAAAUCUGGUGGUAAAGAUAAAGAAAAGAAGAAGAAAAAGAAGGGCAAGAAAGUUGAUGAUAUUGAAGUCAUUAAAAACAUGAUGAAUAUCUUGAAGUUUCAUGCAGAUUCUGGAAUAGUUGUCACAGUGAACCCAUCUGUACUUGCUGUCCGACAGUACAUUGUCUGCUGUGUUGUGCGAGACCUGGACUUAUCUGGAACUGGAAAGCUAAAGAGCUUUAUAACUCAACAGACAAAGUUGCAUGAUACCGUCUGUCAGAAGCGCCAAGCUGGAACGAUUGCCACACAUGAUUUGAAGAACGUCAAAAUGCCUUUGACAUAUAAUGCUAGGUCUCCACAAAUUCUACAGAUAGUGCCCCUGUUUCAUCAAAAAGAAGUAAGCGGAGAGAAACUGUUUGAGGAUUUACGACGUGAGGCUGAGCAAAUGAGGAAGGAGAAAAAGCGUCACAACUUUUCAGGAAUUCACAAGUACCUCGAGUUGCUGGCAGACAAGACCGAGUACCCCUGUCUGGUGGAUUCAGAAGGCACAGUUAUCUCUUUCCCUCCCAUCACAAACAGUGACAAAACAAAGAUAUCAAUAAAUACGACUGAUAUCCUGGUGGAGGUAACUAGUUCUACCAGUCUCGACACAUGCAAGAAGAUCAUGGAUGAAGUCCUUUACAAGAUGCUUGAGCUGGGGCUGGGCAAGGACAGGGGAGACGAUAUGCCAACAGGAGCAGCCAAGGGUAAUGACUCAGACAGUGACAGUGAUGAAGGAGUUGUCUUCACUGAGGGCGGACAGGGUGAGGGGAAGAAGUCUCCGCGUAAGCUCCUGGUGGAGCAGGUUAAGGUUGUGGACCUGGAUGGAGGGUUAAAGGUCCUCUACCCAUCACGCACAGACCUUCCCCUGGAGACAAUAGAUGUUAUACGUAACUUUGAUUAGGAAUGUUUAUUGAACUUUCCUGUUUGAAAAGAAAAAACAAGAGAACUGCAUGUACAUUAACGGCAAUAACUCUGUACUUCUUUUUUACCCCUUGUCAAACAGUAUUUUUUUGAUAUGUUAAUGUUCCUUUUAAAAUUAAUUAGUAAACAUUGUGCUAUUAUUAACAAAUUUGAAGGAAAUCUGGAAAGAAAACCUAUCAAUGAUUGCUAUGGCAACAGUCUUUAAUUAUGCAUAAGUUAUACUUACUAUCAAUUUUAUGAAUGGUAUUUGUGAACUAGUUUUUUCGGCCUGUGUGAUUGUAUUUUUCCCAUCUACAUUGUAUAUGCAUACUCCAACAAUACUACAUAUUGCUCCCAGAUAAAUAAUAUGAUAUAAACAUCGACUCCCUUGAGGGGGGCGGUGCACCUUGCCAACCCGAGGGAACACAAUCAACCGCAGCUUUGAAAAAGGUUAACAUUGUUUGUCUAGGUUGACAAAAUGCACUGUACCCCUCGAGAAAGUCAAUAUUGAUUUUUUUUAUGGAACAAUUCCAAGAUAAAUAACCCUAAUACUUCAGAUUUUUUAUGAAAGACUAAACUUUAUAAAUAUUCAUAUAUACAUGUAUUUUAUAAAAACUUGUAUAUAUAUCUUCAUUAAAUUGUUCACAACAAAUCUCCAAAUGUGAAAGUCAGAACAUAAACCACCUUAACAGUUAUGAUAUUAAUAUACAUAUGUUCUAAAAACUUAAGAAAUAAAUAUAUUGUUUUUUGUAAAAAAAACUGCAAAGAGUCCAGGGUGAUAUGGACUUGAUAUCACCCAUAUUCCUACUACUAAUGACAUCAAGGGGGCAACAUUGCAGAGGGAAACAGCAAACUAGUUGCCCACUGUAGUACACUAUGUAUGUCAUAGAACAUCCAGGAGAUUAAUUGUUAACUAUCUUAAUUUUUUGUGUCUAACAUUCAAAAAAAUUUAAAUGCAAAUAUCUCAUAAAGAGUAAAAAUAGUAACGUACAAUAAUACUCUUCUGGUUUCAAACAAUGACUAUGGUUAACAGCUGAAGGAAUGAGUUAUUUCUCUUAUGCCAAUAUAGCUUCAUUACUUGUAUUGUCACUUUAUUGUGUGUAUUGCAUGUAAUAUCAUGGUUGUAAGUGCCUAUUUCUUCUUAAUGGAUUGAAUUGUUCAGUGAUAGUAUUUUGAUGUUAUGUACCCAAAAAAUGCUUCAUGAAUAUUGAGUCACUUUGUAAUGAAUAUUGAGUCACUUUGUAAUAGAUCUAUAACACAUGGACAUGUAGUUUGAAAUAACUUACAAUAUUUUCUCAUUUUCCUUAUGUAUGUUACUCCAGUUGUUCUCUUUAUUCCAUUUCAAUGCAAUAUUAUCACCCUUGUUUGUUCGAAUGGGAAUUUAUGCGGAUUCCUUUUAUUAGGAAUUAAUGACUUCCACCAAAUACUUUUAUUACCAUAAAAGGACGUUGAUUAAUGAAAUUGUUAGAUGUUUCUCUGUUUUCAUUUGUAUGGGUUGAAAAGUUCAUGCCUAAUUGUAAUUAAAUGAAAAAAAAAUCUGAUAUUUGCCUCUAAUUUGGUGGCUAUAUUUAGAAACAUCUGUUAUUUGCCUCUAAUUUGGUGGCUAGAUUUAGAAACAUCUGUUAUUAGCCUCUAAUUGGGUGGCUAGAUUAAGAAACAACUCAUAGAAUCAGUUUGUUUUUGCACUUGAGACUGAAGUAAACUUUAAAGAAAGGUAAAUUUGCAUUCAUGUUGUAAACAACAAUGCCUGACUUUUGAAUAAAAUGGGAAGGAAGAAAA